AUGGGCGACUGUGAAAACGAUGGUAAACAAAAGUUAAGUAGGCAGAUGAUCUUCCCGUACACAUUUACCGCCAAGAUCGUUCAGUUUCCGUUUAAAAUGCAUCUCAAACAUCACUGGAUGUUUCCGUGGUUUAUGGGAGCAGGUAUCCUAUGUCUUCCCGUGUUUUAUAAAUUACAGCAACUCGCCAAUAGCGAAUCGAACGUUAUUGCAUGGGCCGAAAAAAGAAGACUUGAAGAGAAACAAUACAAAGAAAAAUGGGCUUGA